GACACCGCACACCGGUUCACCGUUAAACUUCUUCCGGCCACAUGUUGUUGUUACCGAAACCGAAAUGUUUUCAGACGACGCAAAACCGCGAUUAUUGGAGAAUAUCAGGGACAGCCUCGACCGCAACGUCUUCACUGGACCCUAUGGUCAAAGACAAGUUCUCUAUUUGGAUUACGUGGCAUCCGGAAGAGCUCUGUCUUUCAUUGAAGACUACAUAAGGAAUGAAGUGUUACCAGAGUAUGGAAAUACUCACACUACCACCAGCAUAACCUCCCUGCAGACCACUUUGUAUCGACACGAAGCAAGAGAUAUCAUACGAAAUGCUGCUAACGCCAGCGAACAUGAUGCUGUCAUAUUCGUGGGUAGUGGUACCACCGCUGCCGUUCACAAACUCAUUUUCUCACUGGACCUUAAGGAACCCCCUGUUAUCUUUGCGGGACCAUUCGAGCAUCACUCAAAUCUUUUACCGUGGAGAGAAAUUGGAUCAGAGGUGAUACAAAUCAAGACAAACAGUCAGGGCUCUGUUGAUGUUGGGGAUUUGGAGAGGAACCUUCAGGAAUACUCUACCAAGAACUGCCAAAUGAUUGGCUGUUUCAGCGCUGCUUCCAACAUCACUGGUCUCCUCACCAACGUCGAUGCUGUAUCUGCCUGUCUCCACAGACACGGGGCUUUGGCAUUCUGGGAUUAUGCCACAGCCGCACCCUACCUCACCAUCGACAUGAAUCCAGUUGUCCCUGGACCAGAUCAGCGCUAUGUCUAUAAAGAUGCAGUUUAUUUCUCACCACAUAAGUUCAUUGGAGGAGUUUCUACCCCAGGAAUUCUCAUUGCCAAGAAGUACCUCUUCAAGAACUCAACUCCAGAAGGUUGUGGUGGUGGCACAAUAUUCUUCGUGCGUCGAGAGAACCACCGUUUUCUACACGAACCAGAAAUGAGAGAAGAAGGCGGAACUCCUGAUAUUGUCGGUUCCAUUCGUGCUGGUUUGGUGAUGCAACUGAAGCUGGCCAUUGGCACCGAUGUCAUUGCACAGAGAGAUCAACAACUUCUUAAAAAAGCCACCAACUGCUGGAAGAAAUGCAAGAAUUUGGUCAUUUUAGGGACCCAAUCUGUCCCCUCAUUACCAAUAUAUUCCUUCCUGAUUUAUCACCCACAGACUGGCCGAUUCCUCCAUCAUAAUUAUGUCACGGCACUGCUUAAUGAUGUCUUUGGGAUCCAAUCAAGAGGGGGCUGUGCCUGCGCUGGUCCUUAUGCUGAAGAUCUGUUAGGAAUAUCAGAAGAAAAAGCAAAGGAAUUUGAAAAUGUUCUCAUUGAAGACAGCCGUCUCGACCGAGUACAUUUGAAGCGAUACCGGGAGUAUUCACCAAUGGAAAUCCUCAGACCAGGAUUCACCCGACUAAAUUUACCAUUCUUUGUCGACGAUGAAACUUUGGAUUUUGUCAUCCAAGCUGUAGAGUUGGUUGCAGAAUUUGGUUGGCAUCUACUUCCUCAGUACAGGUUCAAUCCUGAGACUGGAGAAUGGAGACACAAGGAUCUUCAGGUGUACAAAGACAGAAAAUGGCUUGGCAAUAUUUCCUAUUCCUCAGGUGCCAUGAAAUACAAAUCUCAAAAGAAUGGCUACGGCAAUUCUUCAGUACCAGAUUACCAGGAGUGUUUAAGAGAAGCGAAAGACUUGUUCAAGACUGCUGAGAAGAUGAAAGCAUCACUUCCUGAUCAAAGUCUUCUCUUUGAGAACGGCACCCAGCACCUGAGGUGGUUCCUGCUGCCAUGUGAAGCCUACACCUGUAUCUCUGAAGGGACCUUCACAAACUUCACCCCAUUAGAUGCACUACCGUUUGUUCCAAAAUCUUUUGCAGACACCAACCGACAGGAAGAAAGUUCUGAUCUCACUGCGGUCGCGGAAAAUAACAGAAAUGAUGAUGUUGGAGAAGAAGGAGGAGGGAGAGGAGAUGGAAAACCGGGAGACGAAGAAGUGGAAGAAGAAAUAGAAGUUAAGCCAAAACGUGAAGAAGAAGGUGUUACCAACAAAAUUGCUGAAAGUCUGCCACAGAUGGCGACACAAAAUGCGAUUGGUGAGGGUCCUCGAUGUGACCCUGGUAUGAGCCAUAGUGAAGAGUUCUGUAAAUCGAUUAAGAAUUUCCUGGAGAGGGGAUUUUCAUUUGGUCAUUGUGAUGAUCUUUCAGUCAGUUUGGACAAAGCACUGGUCUUGUCUGACAGUGGACAUGAAUCUGACAGUUUGAAUGUUAAUCCUACCAGCAUUCCAGUUGGUACUACUCUCGAAACUGCUUAUAAUCCUCUUAAUCCACAUCUCUAUCCAAAUCCAGUUACAAAUUCUCAUCUUUCUGAUGCCACUAAUGUCAGUCCUAAUCUUAAGUUUUAUCAUAAUCCUAGUCUUAACUUAAAUCCUAAUCCUAAUCUUAACACUAGCCAUAAUCCUAACCUUAAUUUAAAUCACAAUCCUAAUUUUAAUCCCAGUGUUAACCCUAUUCAUAAUCCCAAUCAUAACUCUAAUCCUAGUUUUAACAACUCCAAUCUUAAUCGUAAUCACAUACCCAGUUAUAAUUUUAAUCCUAAUCGCCAAAUCUCUAGCUUUGAAAAUUACAAACUAAAGACCUCAUCGAAGUUCCAGAGAUCGACAGCAACGACCGCAGAGGGGAAGGGAAAAGAGGAGGAGGAGAAAGGGGUGGCUAAUGCGAACAGUUCCUUCCCGAGUAAUCGGGACGAAAGAGAGGAGGGUUGCGAUGAAACCCCGGAGGAGGUGAGGGAUAAAACUGGAGCGGAGGUUAAUAGUGUUGGACUUGCAGUAGCGCAGCAGAGUGGCUGUUGCCAUUGCAGUAACAACAACAAUGCAACACAUGCUGCAACACAGUGCAGUUGUCAUGGCAACAAUAAUGAUGAUGACAUCAAUAAUGAUACAAAUAAGGAAUGUAGGGACUGCUGUUGCAGGUCCCUUAAUGAAACUACAACGUUGAUGAAACCCUCGAUGACACCACUGUCUGAAAAAGGACCGGGUGUCACCGGUACUGGGGCUGUGGGUCCUAAGUCAGAGCCACAGAUGACCCAGUGUUGUCUCCGCAAAGCAAAGGUGAAGACUGACCAGCGGAAAGUGACCAAGGAGGGCAGUUUGUGGGUUUCACCACCGAAAGAGUUGUUCACUCCAGUCAUUGAGGCCAUUACAGACUACAAUAUGAUACAAGACGGGGAUCGAGUGUUGUUGUGCCUCUCUGGGGGUAAGGAUUCCCUCUCUAUGCUGCAUAUUCUUCACCAAUACCAGUUCUACGCUAAAAGCAAGGGAACUCACUUUGAUAUUGGUGCUGUGACGGUUGAUCCCCAGACCCCUUCUUAUAAUCCCAGCCCCUUGAAGAAAUAUUUAAGCUGUUUGGGUGUUCCCUAUUUCUUUGAAUCUCAAGGUAUAAUGGACACAGCCUCCAACCUCCCGUACAAAUGUGAGUCGAUUUGCAGCUUCUGUAGUCGUAUGAAGCGGGGACGUAUCUAUAUGUGUGCCCGACGGGAGGGCUACAAUGUUGUGUCCCUGGGGCAACACUUGGACGACCUUGCUGAAAGUUUCCUUAUGUCUUUCUUCCACAAUGGAAUCAUGAGGACCAUGAAGGCCCAUUACACAGUUCAGGAUAACGACCUCCGAGUUAUUCGACCUUUGGUUUAUGUCAGAGAAAAGAACUUACGAAGGUUUGCUGAAAAGAAUCAACUUCCUGUCAUCAGUGAGAAUUGUCCAGCAUGUUUCGAAGCACCAAAGGAACGACACCGAAUGAAGCAACUGCUGGCAGCACAAGAACUCCUCUUCCCGAAGAUCUACAACAGCAUGAGGUCUGCAAUGACACCUAUUAUGGCUAUCAACAAAACUGGCUUUAGUUCCAAGGAGCUGUUUGGAGUGAUGCACAGACAGGAAAAUGGAGACGAAGAAGAAGAAGAUGAUUGAUUGCCAUGGUGAAAGCAAUUCAGUGGAAAUCUACAAAAGCAGCACGAGAUGUGUGAUGAGACAUGUCGUGGUUACCAAUCAGACUAGAUUUAGUACAACCAAAUUACCGUAUUUGUUGGCAUGAAAGACUCAUGGCUGUAUAAAAUGCAUUCCUAUUUCAGCAGCACAUAGUCAG